AUGGAACCUAAAAUUAACAACAGAUCUAUUCACACUCUGCAAACAGAAAUAAACCACAAGAUUAUAACAUCUCAUUUUCACAAAAUUAUUCAAUUACGUUUCCCUAAUCACAUUCUAAUCUACACGGAUGCCUCAAAGUCUGAAAACGGUGUUGGCUUUGCAGUUGUUCAUAAUCAAACAACCAUUAAACACAAGCUUCCCACAAUAACAAACAUAUUCACCGCCGAAAACUACGCAAUACUCGAAGCAAUUAAACUAGCAAAUUCGCUUCAAACAAAUAACUUUUUGAUUAUCAGCGAUUCCCUCAGCGUCCUAACAGCACUAAAAAACCCGUGGUCCAGAAAUGAGAUCACUCAAAUUACCCAAUCUGAACUAAUCAACACCCAGAAAACCUUCGAAUUUAUGUGGGUACCUUCCCACGUAGGAAUAAAAGGUAACGAAAUGGCCGACGAAGCAGCCUCCCUUGCCUCUAAUGUUCUACCCAACAGCACCAUCGACAAAAUAUCAUCCUAUGAUAUUUUCACGUCCAUCAAAAAUAAAAUCUUUUUGUCAUGA